CACUUUCGGAAAGAGAUUCAAGUGUACGGACCCCGGUGUGUCUUUUUGAAUGAACAGCCGACUCUUUCAAAAAAGAAGCAAAAGAGUAGGAAGAAGAAUAAGACGGUCAAAUCUGGGGAAUUGGAGAACUUGAAUGCAAAAUCUGUUUUGGAGUUGAAAGAUGGGGAAGGAAAUUCCUUGAUAGAUGAAAAGAAGGCAAGAAGUGAUUCUCAUUUGGAGUCCAAAAUCAAAAAUUUUAGUUUAGAGUCUCGAUUGGAAGGGGUUCAGUUGAAUGAACAAUUGCAAAGGAAAAGGAAGAAGGGGAAAGGAAAGAAGACAAAGACUUGGUAUUGUGGAGGAUGAAGGUAUUAGCACAAAGAGCAAUGGCAAGGACAGUAAUGAAGCUGGAAAUAACAAUAUGUCUAUAUCAGAAGCCGUAGAGUCACAAUAUAUGAAGAAACUUUCUUUGAUAACUGAUAUGGAAAGUGAUUCUCCUGUAACUGCAAGUACCGGAUUGGGGGAAACUCAAAAUUCCCAUGUUGAUGGAGAUAGGGAAACCUUUGAGAUAGGGAAGAAGGCAAAAACCCAUCACAAGAAAAGGAAAAAGUCUUCUAAUCUGGAACAUAUACAGACUUCAGUUGACCAUUUAGAUAAGGAACAUACAACCGGUUUGGAAAAUGGGUCCAUUAGAGUACCGGACGGGCAAGCUAUGCCUGUACAGGUUUCGGAGGAAGAAUUGGGAAAUAGCACAAGCACUAAAUCUGAUCUCAAAGAAAGAAAAAGAAAGAAACGAAAGGAGUCUUUGUGCAAUGAUGAAGAGAUUGAAACCAAGACAGAUGAAGUUAUUCCCUCUCCCUUGAACUUGGCUGUCACAAAAGAUGAUGCUACACUAACAGCUAAGGCUUCGGAGGUGGCACUGGGAAACAACAGAGGCACUGAAUCUGAUCUGAAGGGAAGAAAAAGAAAGAAUCAAAAGAAACAAAAGAAGUUGAAGGAGUCUCUGUGUUCUCUAUGCAUCAAUUGCUGUGACUCACCACCUUUUGUUAUUAUUAGGAACAUGGAGCAUUUGGUCCAAAAACUUAGAAGACUGAAAGAUGCCAGUUCUGGUUUGACAACAUUUCAGCUACAUCCCAUCAACCCGAAGAAGGUAGCUUUACGAGCCAAUCAAAGCAGGCGGCAGCCGCUUUCCGAGUGA